AUGGCGGCGGGAGGAAUGAAAGUGAAGGCGGCGGUGGCGACGGGUGGAGAUGGGCCCCGGCCCAGGCGGGAGGCCCCGGCGGCCGUGCCGGUUGGCGGGGCCCGGUGGCGGCUCCUCCUGCUUGUCUGCUGCGGUUUUCCCUGCGGUGCAGCCGGAGCCCAGGAGCAGGUGCUGCGGCUGCGGGAGGCCCAGACGGUGCAGCAGACCGGCAGCCGGCACUUCUGCUACCACAGCACGCUGCUGCCCAGGUGGUACGACGUCUGGACGCGUGUGCAGAUCCGGGUGAACAGCUCCAAGGCAGUGCGCAUCACCCAGGCGGACAGCGAGGAGAAGCUGCGGGAGCUGGAGCAGUCCAGCGUCUGGAACUUCUUCUCCUCCUUCGUGAAGGAGAAGCUCAACGACACCUACAUCAGUGUGGACCUGCACAGCCAGAAGACCUGUCUGCAGGUGGAGGUCCUGCAGUCGGACACUAUCUACAGCGUCUCCGUGGCCCGCGGGUUCAACUCCAAACUCUUCCUCGUUUUCCUGCUGGGAGUCCUGCUGUUCUUCUGCGGAGACGUGCUGAGCAGGAGCCAGUUGUUCUUCUACUCCACGGGCGUGAGUGUGGGCGUCCUGGCCUCUCUCCUCAUCGCUAUCUUCCUGCUGUCCAGGCUGGUGCCCAAGAAAAGCCCACUUUAUGUCAUCCUGCUGGGAGGCUGGUCCUUCUCGCUGUACCUCAUCCAGCUGAUCUUCAGGAACCUUCAUGAGAUCUGCAACGACCACUGGCAGUAUCUGCUGGGCUACGUGCUGGUGGUCGGAUUUAUCAGCUUUGCCGUGUGCUACAGUCACGGGCCCCUGCAGCACGAGCGCAGCAUCAACCUGCUGACCUGGGCCUUGCAGCUGAGUGGCCUGGCCCUCAUCUACAUCAGCGUCCAGCUGCGCCCGGUAGCCCUAGCCCUGGUGGCCGGGGCUCUGGCCACCCGCAUUCUGGAGUACCCACUACAGUGGCUGCACGCCACUUACAGGCGUAUGCGCAACGCAGUGGCAAAGCCAGUCCCCCCACAGCUCCUGACAGAGGAAGAGUACCGACUGCAGGGGGAGGUGGAGACACGCCGGGCGUUGGAAGACCUCCGCAGUCUCUGCAGCAGCCCUGACUUUCGGCCCUGGAAGACCAUUGCCCGCAUCCAGUCACCUAAGAGGUUCGCCGAUUUCGUGGAAGGUUCCUUCCACCUGACCCCAAAUGAGGUCUCAGUCCAUGAGCAGGAAUACGGGCUGGGCAGCGCCUUUGCCGAGGAGGAGCUAUUUGAGGACUUCUCCAUUGAGGACGACGAACCCUUGGAGCCCCUCGAGCCCCUCACGCUCCCGGACCUCCCCAACCACCUCGGGUCAUAAGAGCCCUGCCGCCACCGCGGCAACGACCAUCACUGGCACCGAGCCGCUGGGCAUGGGAGCAUCGACCCCAGCGAUGCCAUGGGUCGGGCACAGUGGCGACGGAGCUGGAGCUCUGUCCCUGA